UGAAAUGAAUACAGUGACAGCAUCAAGCAAGCUAAAGUCACUGGAAACUGUAUCUAGAAUAGAGAACCAGGUUUUCAAAUAAGGUCUUUGAUGUGUUACUUUAGAACCUUUCAAGAAGUCCACUGAAAGCUGUUCUGGUUCCUUGGGCUACGUGCCCAGUUACUGUGUUUGAAAACCAGUGCUGUUCAUCAGUUCGAGCCUGUUUCCUUCCCCUUCUCUACCUGGAAUCAGAGAGCGAAAAGAAGUUGAAAUAUGUUGAAAUACAUGGCACAGUUGUUGCAAUCACGUCCUGUUUUGUCAGCUCUGACUCCUGCCCGUCCACCCGCGCUCAAUCCCCACUAUGCUCACGACAUCCGGAAAGGGUGUAGGACCCACCCAUGUCAGCAAUACUGUCACUAGAGGAUCUUACAACAUAAGGUGUGAGGUCAGAGCUUUCCUUGCAGCUGCGGGGAGUAUGGGAGUGGAUGAAGAGGCUGAGAGCCACCCAGACCCCAAACCCCAAACCCCAGACCGACUCUGGGCUGCUGUGACCACCUCGUACAGCCCACCAACCCAAAUAUAGCCGCAAUGAAAGAAGACGUCCUGUACCAUUUCAGUCUCAGCACCAGCACACACGACUUCCCCGCAAUGUUCGGAGAUGUGAAGUUCGUGUGUAUUGGGGGAAGCCCUACCCGGAUGGAGGCCUUCGCCAAAUACAUGGCCAAGGAGCUGGGCCUCGACCACCCAGGUGCAGAGUAUCCCAACAUCUGCGGGGGGACGGACCGCUAUGCCAUGUUCAAAGUGGGCCCUGUGCUGUCUGUCAGCCACGGUAUCGGCAUCCCGUCCACCUCCAUCAUGCUGCACGAGCUCAUCAAGCUGCUGUACCACGCCCGCUGCUCCAACGUCACCGUCAUCCGCAUCGGCACAUCCGGUGGCAUCGGUCUGAAGCCUGGCUCCGUGGUCAUCACCCAGCAGGCGGUGGACGCCUCCUUCAAGCCGGUGUUCGAGCAGAUGGUGCUGGGGAAGCCCGUGGUUCAGAGGACGUGUCUGGACGAGAAGGUGGCGCAGGAGCUCAUGCAGUGCGCUUUGGAACUGCUCACAUUCCCCACGGUCCUGGGGAACACCAUGUGCACCUCAGAUUUCUAUGAAGGGCAAGGCCGUCUGGACGGCGCUCUCUGCUCCUACACGGAGGAGGACAAGCAGAAGUACUUGAAGGAGGCCCAGGCGGCGGGCGUCUGCAACAUCGAGAUGGAGUCCUCGGUCGUGGCCGCCAUAUGUGGCGCGUGUAACAUCCCAGUGGCCGUGGUGUGUGUCACUCUGCUCGACCGCCUGGAGGGUGACCAGGUCAGCAGCCCCCACGAGGUGCUGGUCGAGUACCAGGAGCGACCACAGCGCCUGGUGAGCCACUUCAUCAAGAAGCGCCUGGCCGCCGCCCAGAGCCCCUGAGGCUCGGAAGGUGCAGGUUGUCGUGGCCGCAGACAGUCACCGUGGAGCACCGGGCUGGCUCAGUCCUGAGAGCCGGGGACGUGGGAGAGCUGUAGGUCCCGAGUUUGAGCCCUGCA